AGAUAAUGAAAAGAUAAUUUUAAGUCUUAGUAAUGAACCAUCAAAGAAUGUUUAUUGAAUAUCAGAUAAAACAAAAAAAUUAAACGUAAAAUCACUAAUGUGAACUAAAGUGAUUUACUAAUGAACUGUUCAUCUCUUGCACGCCUAUUGUGAAAUUUCGUAGCCGCCUGUGUCAAUAUCAAUAAUAUUACCAUAGCUUGCGCAAGCUUAAAGAUAAAGUAAUAAUUGAUAAGCCGGCUAGCAAAUAGCAUUUCAUACUGUGAUAAUAUCAGGUACUUUGUAGUCCACUUAAAUAUCUUUAAGUAAUACAUAGUAAGUACUUAUUAUCAUUGGCCGACAAGGCUACAAAAUUUCAUCAACUAAAUUCAGUAAUCUUGUUUUAAAAUUGGCCAUCUAUAAUUGAAAAAAUGAAUGUGUUACCUAAAACAAUAAGCUACAGCUCAAAAUUAGUUUCAAGAAACUUAGCAUUAUUUUGUGCUAGCACUGACCGUUCAUCAUGUCGUGGAUUUCAUUUUUCAUUCCCAUCACAUACCCCUGGAGAUAUCAUAUGUCCGUCUUUAGUUCAAGGAAUUGAUUACAUUAGAGAUCCUCGUUUAAAUAAAGGUCUUGCAUUUACUUUAGAAGAAAGACAAGCACUUGGAAUUCAUGGUUUAAUGCCACCAAAAUUUAAAACUCAAGAAGAACAAAUUGAAGUAUGUCGAUUUAGUGUUAUGAAAUAUCAAGAAGAUUUAAAUAAAUUUUUAUACUUGACUGAAUUGCAAGACAGAAAUGAAAGACUUUUCUUUAGAUUACUUUCUGAAAAUAUUCAUAUGCUAUUACCAAUUGUAUAUACUCCUACAGUUGGAUUAGCAUGUCAGAAAUUCGGCCUUAUAUUUCGUCGUCCAAGAGGAUUAUUUAUUACUAUAAAUGACAAAGGCCAUAUUUAUGAUUUGUUAAAAAACUGGCCAGAACCUAACGUUCGUGCUAUUGUUGUUACUGAUGGUGAACGAAUACUUGGUCUUGGGGAUCUCGGAGCUUGUGGUAUGGGUAUUCCGGUUGGUAAACUUUCACUUUAUACUGCAUUGGCAGGUAUAAAACCUCAUCAAUGUUUACCUAUAACAUUAGAUGUUGGAACAAACAACGAACAACUUCUAGAAGAUCCAUUAUACAUUGGUCUUCGACAAAAGCGUAUCUCAGGACCAUUAUAUGAUGAAUUUAUUAAGGAAUUUAUGGAAGCGUUGGUGAAGCGCUAUGGUCAAAAUGUAUUGAUACAAUUUGAAGAUUUUGGAAAUCAUAAUGCAUUUAGAUUUUUGGAUAUGUUUCGUAAUAAAUAUUGUACAUUUAAUGAUGACAUUCAAGGAACAGCUGCAGUGGCAGUUGGGGGUCUCCUUACUGCACGCCGAUUAACAAAAAAGAAGAUAUCAGAGUCAACAUUUUUAUUUUUAGGAGCAGGUGAAGCUGCGAUUGGAAUUGCUAAUUUAACUGUGAGAGCUAUGUUGACUGAAGGUAUUUCAUUAGAGGAAGCUCGUAGUAAAAUAUGGAUGAUGGAUAUUGAUGGCUUAUUGGUGAAGGAUCGUCCAGAAGGAAAUUUACAAGGAGAUAAAGCAUUUUAUGCAAAAGAUCAUAAAGUUAUGAAGAAUCUUAUAGAUGUUAUAAAAGAAAUCAAACCUACUACAUUAAUAGGAGCUGCAGCUGCUGCUGGAGCAUUUAACAAGGAAGUACUAGAACAUGUUGCUUCAUAUUGUGAUAAACCAAUAAUUUUUGCUCUUAGUAAUCCAACUGCAAAAGCAGAAUGUACUGCUGAACAGGCUUACACUCAUACUCAAGGUCGUUGUAUUUUUGCAAGUGGUUCACCUUUUCCACCUGUUACAAUUAAUGGACGCACAAUAACUCCUGGCCAAGGAAAUAAUGCAUAUAUAUUCCCUGGUGUAGCUCUUGGUGUUAUAAGUACUGGUAUUCAUCAUAUUAUUGAAGAUUUAUUUUUAAUUGCAUCACAGGAAUUGGCAAAUUUUGUUACUGAGGAAGAUUUAGAAAAAGGUAGCAUUUAUCCACCAUUAAAUUUAAUUAAAGAGUGUUCUUUGCAAAUAGCAAUGAAAAUAGCUGAGUAUGCUUAUGAAAAAGGUAUUGCAUCUCAUUAUCCUGAACCAAAAGAUAAGAGAAAGUUUAUUGAAUCUCAGAUGUAUGAUUACAAUUACGAUAAUCCAUUACCUCCAAAAUAUAGCUGGCCAGAAGAGACAGAACCCAUCAAAUCAAAAUCACUUCAUGACCUUUCUGGUGACCAUUUAAAAAAACAUUAAAAUGGUAAACUAUAGAGUAAUUAUCAAUAUUAAUAAGUAUUAUAAAACUUGAAAAUUUUUUAAAUUUUACUUUAACAGUAUUUUUAACUUCUAGUCUAAAAUGAUACCUAUUUUGUUUUAACGCUUUUUGACUCCUACAAUAAAUAUAAUAUUAGUGUAUUUGUUACCACAUAGUUUAUGAUUCUUUAUAAUUUAAAAAGUAAUAAUGUAACCACUUUUGAUAUUUUAAAAUUAUUUUAAAUUAAUAAAUAUCAUUCUUUAUAGAGUGUAAAUUAGCAA